CACCAAGAAAUCGCAGAUACAGUGCUCUGGCAGAAAAUUGAGCAGAUCAGAUUCCCAUGUUUCGAUCGGCGACUCCGAUUCAAUUCGCAUAUAUGUGACUUAAGGUAGGCAAGAUGUCUCUGGCUGAUGAACUCUUGGCUGAUUUGGAGGAGAUAGCUGAAGAAGGCAAUAUAGUUGAUGGUGAUGACAAUCAAGAUGAUGAUAUCAUUCAAGAUGUGUCUAUGGAGAUGGAUAGCAGAGAAGCUUCUAUCACAAGUAUUGCCAAGCUUCGUGAUAGCCAGGAGUUGCAGGGCGUUUUGACCCAAAUCAAAUAUUACCAAGAAAAUCCAAGAAAAGGAGAAGUAAUGGGACCUGUCGAGGCAAAUCCAGAGUAUCAACUUAUAGUACAGGCGAACAACUUAUCGGUGGAAAUUGAAAAUGAAAUCAAUAUCAUCCACAAAUUCGUCAGAGACCACUAUCAGAAGCGCUUCCCUGAGCUGGACUCCCUGGUUCCAAAUUCUUUUGAAUACCUUGGUACAGUAAAGGAACUUGGAAAUGAUUUAGAGAAAGCCAAGAACAACGAGAAGCUACAGGAAAUCUUGACCAAUGCUGUCAUUAUGAUUGUCAGUGUGUCGGCUUCGACAACACAAGGAACGUCACUUACUCAACAAGAAUUGUCAACAGUCUUUGAAGCAUGUGAUAUGGCUUUUGAUUUGAAGCAAGCAAAGACAGACAUCUUCACCUAUGUUGAAUCACGAAUGUCUUUUAUUAGUCCUAAUCUUUCUAUUAUUGUUGGUGCCUCAACUGCUGCUAAACUUAUGGGCGUUGCUGGUGGUCUAACCAAUCUCUCUAAGAUGCCUUCCUGUAAUGUAUUAGUAUUAGGAGCUCAACGUAAGACUCUCUCUGGUUUCUCCAGUUCUGCUGUCUUACCUCAUACCGGCUACAUCUAUUACAGUGACAUUGUUCAAGCAACACCCCAGGACAUGAGGAAACAGGCUGCUCGUCUGGUGUCGGCCAAGUGCACUCUAGCCUCCAGAAUUGAUAGCUUUCAUGAGAGUCCUAUAGGUACGAUGGGAUUAAAUCUCAGAGCAGAGAUUGAAAGAAAACUUGCCAAGAUGCAGGAGCCUCCUCCACCCAAACAAAUCAAAGCUUUACCUCUCCCUCUUGAUCAACCAAGGAAAAAGAGAGGAGGAAGAAGAGUGAGGAAAAUGAAAGACAAGCUUGGCAUGACUGACAUGAGAAAACAAGCGAAUAGAAUGAACUUUGCAGAGAUUGAAGAAGAUGCUUACCAAGAAGACCUGGGAUUCUCUCUGGGACAGGUUGGCAAAAGUGGCACAGGAAGGGUGCGAGCUGCUCAAGUAGACAACAAGACACAGGUCAAAAUAUCCAAGAGUUUACAGAGACAACUACAUCGACAGCAGAUGCAUGGUGGGAGAUCAACGGUUAGAGGACGAGAAACAGCUGGUACUGCAUCUAGUGUUGCCUUCACACCAUUACAGGGUCUUGAGAUAGUGAAUCCCCAUGCAAAUGAGAUCAAAGCCAAGGAAGCCAAUGAUCGAUACUUCUCAGCAAUGUCAGGGUUUCAGACUGUCAAAGAUAACGCUGUAGGAAACUGAAACUUUUCUCACACACAUUGUAUCAUAACAAGAUGAAGCAAUGUGAACAUAACUAUGUGCAUCAAUGUUAUGAGGAUCUACAAAAGUUGAAGCCAUAAGGAAAACGUAUGUGUGGUUCAUUGAGGAUCUUGAAAGUGUGAACACAUCUGUAUGCAUCAACAUGAGGAUUUCAGAAAGCUGGAAUCCUGCAUUUUACUGUGAGGAGGUCAAAAGAAACUGGACACAUCUUGACUUGUCAACGACGUGAUGAUCUUGUUAAAUUCAAGCAGUGUGGCUACAUCUUAAUGCAUAAACACUAUUAAGAACUUGUGAAUUUAUUUUUUUGCAUCGACGAUGUGAAGCUCUUCUUAGAAAAUCAUACCCAUGUAGACACAUGGUAGGUCUCAACAAUUUGUUGCUGUCAGCAAUAUUAACAUAUCUGUAUGCAUCAAAUUACAAGGGACUAGGAAUAUCAAAGUCUUUUGAACACAUCCUUAUCAGGGGCCUGUUUCAUAAAACUUGUUAUAAUAACAAAUUUGCAAUAAUAGUUUAAAGCUACUGAAAUCCUUCCAUUUGAUUGGCUAAUAGUAAACUUGUUAUCGAAAUUUGUUAUUAUAACUUGUCUUUAUGAAUGAGUUCCUGGUCUUGAUUUUUGUUUUCUUAAGACAAGGGUAUUAUCCCAAAGGACAUAUUUCUAUAUUACAACACAAAUGGAAAAAGUAAAAGGGCCCCCAAAUCUCCAUUUUAACAGGGCAUCCAUGGCCAUGACCGUUGAUGACCUUGGAUUGAUUUAAGCCUUACCCUUAUGCUUCAAUGAUAUGACAAAGAUAUCCUAAUCCUAACUACAAAGUGUUCCAAGAGGUCAAAAUAAAAAAAAGGAAAUUUCUUUAAUUUAUAUUUUUGAUAGUUGGACCAAACAGUUGAAUGUCUAAAUUGUGCCAGAAAGAACGCAUAGUCAACACAGUAUGCCAGAAUAGUUGACGUAUAGUCAACUGUAUUAACACAGUGUGACCACAGUGUGAACUUAACGUGGGCUGGAGGUGAUGUGUGUAUUACAUCAAAAUGUCAUAUCGUUGCCACACAUACUUUGUGUGCCAACUUCUUCACUUUUUGAUAAUAGUGAACACAUAGUAAAUUGUGCAACCCUGAAAUUCAUUUUUCACAGUGUGUUAACACUGUGCCUAUGUAAUAAACAUAAAAACUACUCUAUGAAGAAGAUAGCCACUGUGUGGCAUUUGUUCAGCAUAGUGUGUACAUAUUACAAAGUGACCACACUGUGAAUAAAAUUGCCACUGUGGCAUUUGUUCAGUGCAGUGUGAUCACAAUGUAUUGGAUAUUUUGAGGAAAGAUGUAGUGUAUUAUUAGAUCCAAAAUUUAUGGUAAUAAUAAAUAUAUUUUGCUACCUUCACCAUAAACAACAAUUCAUAAACUGAAAAGUGUUGAGGUAUGGCCACCCUUGUCAGAAUGAAGUGUGUCAACACUGUGAAGUCGGGUUUAACUUAAACUCAGGUUUAAAGUUGUGGUUUAAGUAUGGAUAGCCAAUUGUUACAUAAAUCACUAACGGUAGAGAUAUCAUAUUUCAGCUCAUUUGGCUCUCAAAUCAUUCAUAAUUGUGUUAAGGAAGUAUAAAUAGAUGAUUAUCUUCACCAUCGAUGAAUCAGGAAAGAGCACAGUAAGAAUAAGAAACAUACAACUUAAUAAAAAUUUUGAGACUUUUGGCUUCCCAUAAUUUUCGCACAGAGUUAGACCAUGGUCUAAGUUAAACCUGACUCCAGAAUACGGGCCAAUUACUUAACCAUAGAGUGAAUACCCAGUUUAUCGCAGUGGAAUGAAUAAGUGUGAUUAAAAAACAAUCAUAUGCGAAACAUAUUUAUUGGUAAUCGCAUGCAUAUUUCGCAAUUUCAGGGGCUCUUUCUAAGUUUCCCCAGGGCUCUUGAGAGCAUUUUGGGGACAAUUGGCCCCAAACCCUUGUGUAUUUUUUCCCCUUGCUGAAACCAGCUUGGGACUGUUUGUGAAAACAACAAUUAAAAAAAAAAUGAAGUUCUCCUAAAUUUAUGAGGGUAGCGUUGAGAAAACAAAGUAUGAUGUAGAAACUUGUGAACAAAAGUACAUUAGUGAAUAAAAUGUGUAAAGGAAUAGUUUUGAAAAUGUGUUUGCACUUGUAUGCAAAUUUUAGUUGAUUGAGCCCCUAGGAUAUUUAUAAGCCCAUGCUUUGCUAGCCUAACUGAAGGCAGAAUGCCCCCAUCCCCCCCCCCCCCCCCCCCGGAAGCUGAAAUAUGAUAUUAGAGCCACUGAAAGUGAAAGUGAUUACCUUUUUUUUGGGGGGGGGGGGCUUGUUUAAAUGUUUUGGAUGAGAAACUACUUCUAGACGUUAGUGAUGGCCUUUGACCUCUUUUUUUAUCUUGCUUAGCAGAACAUUUUUCCGAGGGAUUUCCUAAAGUGGUGGUGACCCUUGACCCCCCCUUUUUUUUCGUUCUCUUUUCUUGGCUUGUAAGAAUUUUUUAAUGGAAAGUGCUUCCAAAAAUGAUGACCUAUUGGAAAAUUUAUGUCCCCUCUGACGAGGUUUGCAGGUCACAUUCCCUGAUCCCAAUAUACUAGCCUGACUAGCUCUUUCCAGAUCAGAUUCUAGUAACAUUUCAAUUGGUCUGAACUCAUGCUUGAGCUCAAGAUUUAUCAGGAUAAUUUGCAGUAUCAGACAUAAAACAAUAAUCUGAAAAGUAUGGUGAUUGAUACCCUCAUGCUGUUAUACUGCUACUAAAGGUCAAGGUCAAAUGUGAAGGACACCACAACCAGAGUUUUAAUUUAUGUCAUUGGUCUUGAAAAUAAUGAAAGAGUUGAUUCUAAAUCUUACAAAUCUUGAACAAUGCAUUCUUGGAAGCCUUCAUCAUAUUAAUGCCAAAGUUCAAUGAGAAGGUCAAAGGCCACUUACUUGGCACACACAGAAUGAGUGCUCACAUGUUUAAGGACAGGCAUUUUUCGACCUCUGUCUUUUCAGAUGUUAUUGAGAUAGAAAUUUUAUAAUCAGGAGAGUGCUAUCAUAUAUUGAUGCAAAAUAUGAACAUUUUAUAAUAAAUACAGACAUCUGAA